AUGGCCCCCGAUUGGAGACACCGUGUGACUAGUGGCGGAAUUCGAAUCCCACGGUUGCGGGAGGCCAUUGGCUUGGUGCUGGCACUGAACCUUGCGCUCGCGCAGGAACAGCUGUUCCCACUGUCGAUCGUGCACAUUAACGACUUUCACGCACGCUUCGAGGAAGUCAAUACGGGCAGUGCCACGUGUGACCCCGCGGUGGAGCAGUGCGUUGGUGGGUACGCCCGAACCGUGACGGUCGUCAAGCAGCUGCUGGCCGAGCGCCCGAAUGCGAUAUACCUGAACGCGGGCGACAACUUUCAGGGGACAUUGUGGUACAACAUCCACCGCUGGAAUGUGACCGCUGAGUUCCUCAAUAUGCUUCCAGCGGAUGCCAUGACCAUAGGUAACCACGAGUUUGACAAUGGGGUCGAAGGUGUUGUGCCGUUCUUGAACAAUAUCGCGUCGCCGGUGCUGCUGGUGAACGUCGAUAACAGCGAGGAACCGGAAUUCAAUCGAUUCACCAAAAGUCUCGUCCUCGAGCGCAGUGGCCGACGUAUCGGGGUGAUUGGGGUGAUCCUUAACACAACGGACGUGAUCGCCAACACGGGACGGUUGGUGUUUCACGAUGAGGUGGCAACGGUACGGCAGGAGGCCGAGCAGCUGACGGAGCAGGGCUGCGACAUCAUCGUUGUCUUAUCGCACUGUGGGCUCGAUGUGGAUGUAAAGAUUGCGGCCAACGUGGGCCCUUUAGUGGACAUCAUCGUGGGGGGACACUCGCACACCUUCCUCUACACUGGCGAUCAUCCCACGAUCCCGAUGACAGCCGUGGGCGAGUAUCCGACAGUGGUGGAGCAGCAGCCUGGCGGUCACCGGGUGCUGAUCGUACAGGCGUCGUCUUACACCAAGCUCGUUGGCGACAUUAUCCUGUACUUCGAUGCUCAGGGAGUCAUUCAGCGUUGGGAAGGUAAUCCGGUCUAUCUGGGCACGGAGGUGGUGCCGGAUGCCGCCGUCAUGGCAGCCCUACCACCGUGGAAGGUGGCCGUGGAUGAAAUUGGCAAUCGAAAGAUCGGAUCGACGGGCGUCGAUCUGCCGAAGUCCACCUGCGGAUACGGAGAGUGCAAUCUUGGUAGCCUCAUAGCUGAAUCGAUGGUGGCCGCAUUUGUGCCCAGUGCCGAACCGGGCCACUGGACGUACGCCGCUGUGGCAGUCCUCGCCGUAGGUGGUAUACGAGUUGGGCUGCUUCGAGGAGAUUUGGCCUUUAAAAACCUGAUCGAGGUGAUACCGUUCGAGAACGUCCUCAUUUGCUUCGACAUGCGCGGCGAUCACCUGAUCGAGCUAAUGGAGUACGGCGUGGAGCAAAGGAGGGACGAAGAGAGGUUCAAUGCAGCAAACAUGCUGCAGGUUUCCGGGUUGCGUGUCGUCUACAACGUCACCAACCCGAUCGGUGACCGUGUCCUAUCGUUGGACGUGCUGUGCCACGAUUGUGCCGUGCCGCGCUACGAGCCGGUGGAACCGUUCCGGAAGUAUCGCGUCAUCACCAACUCCUUCCUGGCCGGCGGUGGCGACGGGUUCACCAUGUUCGAGCGCUACGGCCAGCAGCGGGUCCUCGGGCCGGUCGAUAUCGAUGCGUUUGAAGCGUACGUGCGCGACAAAUCGCCCAUCUUGCAGGGCACGGAUGGCCGCAUUACAGUCCAUACCUAACCAGUAACAGUUAACCAGAA